GACAAGGUUUUGGAUGGUCUCUCAUUGUUACCAUCCCUCGUUGUUCCCAAUGUUUCCUUCCGCUACCAUGGUGCUUCUGUUAGCGCCUGGGGUUUAUGCAGCCGCGCUCUUAGGCCGACCAGGACAGGAGGUGAACUCUAGUUGCAAAGCCAUUCCCGGUGACAAUGCUUGGCCAUCCCGACAGGUGUGGAGCCAGCUGAACGACACCGUCGAUGGGCGUUUGAUGCAAGUUGUUCCUCAAGCGGCAGUAUGUCGGCCGGGAGGUUAUGGCGACAUAUCAGAAAACGAGGCUGAAUGCGCAGCGCUCAAAGAGAGUUGGGACUAUCCCAAGGCAUUCUUGGAUAACGCGGCAGAGAUAAUGAAUCCCUGGUAUCAGAACACAUCCUGCAGUCCAUUCUAUCACAUCGAUCAGCCUUGUACGCUAGGUAAUUACGUCAGCUACGCCAUUCCCGUUCAUGGCCCCACCGACGUUGUUGCUGCCGUCAACUUUACGCAAGCCCACAAUGUGCGUUUGGUCAUCAAAAACACUGGUCACGAUUACCUCGGAAAGUCUACCGGAACGGGCGGUUUGUCGCUCUGGACCCAUAAUCUGGAAUCCAAAGAGAUUCUGAACUAUACCAGCAGUGCGUAUACUGGCCCUGCUAUCAAGGUUGGGGCUGGUGUCACUGGUGGGGAAGCUCUUCUCUAUGCAUCUCAGUUUGGAUACCGCCUAGUUUCCGGAGAUUGCCCGACGGUAGGUUACGCGGGAGGAUACUCGUCCGGGGGCGGUCACAGUCUGCUGAAUAGUGUGCAUGGCCUAGCGGCUGACAACGUCCUGGAGUGGGAAGUCGUCACUGCAGAUGGGAGACAUCUUACUGCAAGCCCUGUCGAGAACGAGGAUCUCUAUUGGGCGCUUUCUGGUGGUGGAGGAGGUAACCUUGCCGUGGUUCUGAGCAUGACGGCCAAGGUACACGUCGACAGCCUCAUCGGCGCCGCGACACUAAGCUUCAACGCUACCGCCAGCCCAAGCAACGGUUCUUACAUCUCCGCAAUAAAUGCUUGGUGGAGAUUCGUCCCCAGCCUCGUCGAUGCCGGCGCAUCUCCAUCCUUCAACCUAUUUGCUAGCAACUUCUUGGUUCACAACACCACGGCGCCGGGUAGAUCAGCAGCGGAAAUGGCCGACUUAUAUACCCCGUACCUAAAGCAACUCGAUGCACUGCGGAUCCCCUACAACUUCGCCACGUAUGCUGCCCCGUCGUACCUCCAGCACUACAAUGCAACCGAUGGGCCUCUUCCUUAUGGCCCAUACGUGGUCUCGCAGCUCUUCAACAGUCGGCUCAUUCCUCGGGAUCUGUCCGAAAGCCCCGAAAAUCUCACUUCGGCAAUGCUAUCGAGUGUCGCAUUUGACCCAAGCGCAAACUGGCAGAUCGGCUGCCUAGGCGUGAACGUCAAUACAACGCAUGUCGCACAUCCGAAAAAUGCCGUUGUACCCUACUGGCGCGAUGCCAUGGCCAUUUGCCUAGAAUUCUCCAUCUACGACUGGACCAUCCCUGAAGCCACCAUGGUAGCGCGCCGCCAGGAUCUUGCCGCUGUCAUCCAUCCAGCGAUCGAGGCAGCAACCGUCGGCUCGGGCGCUUAUCUCAAUGAAGCAGACCCGCUUGUGUAUCCACCGGGUGAUGCCGAGAAGUGGCAAACUGCCUUUUUCGGUACAAACUAUGAGCGAUUGAAAGAGGUGAAGCGGGCAUGGGAUCCAAAAUCGGUGUUCUAUGCGUAUGCUUCGCCUGGGUCUGAAGAUUGGAGCACUGAUGCAGAGGGCCGUCUAUGUCGAGCUUAGCGAUGCGGAUGUGAACGCAAUAAUGUAACAAGGACAGAUGCAAGUACCUUGUGCUGAAGAGAUGGACGAUAGACGCUUGCUUUUCCCGAACGAAGAAGAUGCGCCGAGCCUGCUUAUAAGGUGCGCCUCGCUCAAGAGGGAAGAUAUAAGAAUUAUUUUCCUAACUACCUACGUCCGUAGUAUUGAUAUAUUAGCUAUCUCUCACUAUCCUUUGUAGCGUGAAGCAAGCACUAUAGCCUACAGUUACGCCUUCAUACAAACCCUGAGUAACAAGGGACAUGCCCGAUAGCAGGAACGGAUAGCAAUGGGUAUUUAGGAUAGAUGGAUUUUAUUAGUACACUCGUUGUAGUUAACUUAGAUAGUUUAUCUCUUACACAGAUUUUUAACUAGUUAUUCUAUCGUUUAUAGAAUUAAUAUUGUUUCACC